AUGCAAAGUGAUCUCACUGAUGGAAGGAGGGGAGGAUCCCCGGGUCUCCAGGGCUCUGAGGAACGAGAGAUCCCAAGGAGCACCCACACAAGUGUGGAAUCAGCUAAGCUGGUUCAAAAACUGUCAGCAAGGAGUGACUCCUGUCUGGAUUCCGUCUCUGUCCCAGCAGGUGAUGGGACGGUGAGUGAGAGCGAGGAGGAGACUCCUCAGCAGGAAGGUCCUGAGCAAGUGGAACCACAGGGGGCACUGUCAGGAGAUGCUGAAAGGAACAUUUCCCAGAAUCCUGGGCAGGGAGAAGCCCGUGAGAGUCAGCAGGGAAACCAGCCGGUGGAGAGAUGGGGUGAAUCCGCACGCCAUGUGGGAGCUCUCAAGCCCAGCAUGGGUGGUAGGACGCCGCCCGCAGGCGAGAGCCAGAGCACCUGCACUGAAUGUGGGAAGCACUUCAGCCAGAGCUCACAUCUGGCGCAGCACCAACGGGUGCACACGGGGGAGCGUCCCUACGCCUGCGCCACCUGUGGGAGGAGCUUUGCUGUGAGCUCUGCCCGGCUCCAGCACCAGCGCAGUCACACGGGUGAGCAGCCCUACCAGUGCCCCGACUGCCAGUGCAGCUUCAGUCGCAGCUCCCACUUGACACGGCACAAGCACUGCCAUGUGCAGGAGGGGCCCUGCCAUGGGCCUGGCUUGCUGGGCAAGUGCCCCUUCGCCUGCCCAGACUUCAGGCGGACAUUCAGCCAGAGCUUAGACCUGGUGCAGCACCAGCGGGUGCACAUGGGCGAGCGCCCCUACGCCUGCGCUGACUGUGGGAAGAUCUUUGGCCGCAGCUCAGACCUGCGGCAGCACCGGCGCAUACUGGGGAGCUCCCCUAUGCCUGCCGAGAUUGCGGGCACUGCUUCAGCGAUGGAUCCUACCUCAUCAAGCACCAGUGUGCCCACACCGGGUUUCAGCAUCAGCUCCCAGCUGAUCCGGCACCGGCGCAUCCACAUUGGGGAGUGGCUCUACACCUGCUGGGACUGCGGGAAAAGCUUCAGCCAGGGCACAGACCUGGCCACCGACCAGCGGUCCCACACGGACGAGCGCCCCUACACCUGCCCUGACUGCGGGAAGGGUUUCAGCGACAGCUCCUCCCGCUUGCGGCACCACCGGCUGCACAUCCGGGAUGCCCCGUGA